AUGUGUGCAGAGCGAUUACCGAAAAUUUUGAAAAGGGUAUGGGGUUAUCAGCAAGCCACUGACCAAUUUACUGAAUUGAAUAAAGAUAGCUUCACCUGGAAUGAAGAAGCAGCAACGACUUUCAGUCGUGUUCUGAUGCACAACAAGUCUUUGUCACAAGUUCUGAGUGAAGUUGUGCGCGUUCUUGUGCACCUCUGCUUGGAUAUGAUCUACCAUGUGGCAUAUGCUACUUUCGUCUUGCUGCAAGGGAGUGAUUGUUGCUCACGUGCGCAGGCAUAUACUGAUUCACUUGAUGAUUGA